UCUGAUUUUGCGACCGCGCCUGAUUCCCAGCUGGUUACCUUGCGCACUCCUGCAUUAGACACGGCCAAGGCUAACCAGAAACGCAUAACUUACGCACCUCAGCUCUCCAGCUGUCUCAGAGCCUGAAAACCUUGCAAUUGUGCCAAACACUGCGUGAACAAGGCCGACAAUGCCGACUUCCGUCGCGCCGCUGAGCGAGGAGCUUACCGUGAAGAUUGAGCACGGCGGAGUCGAGGACGUCGCUGCCCGCAGCGACCAGGACAUCACCGACGUCGAGAUGGCGCGCUACAAGGCGCUGGACGCGCGGGCGAAAGGCGUGCCUGUGGCCAACAAGACCAUCGCGACGCUGGCGAAGGACUCCCAGACGCUGGCUGCCAAUGCCGGACCCCAGAACUGGGGACUUACCGAGCCCGCCAAUCUUCUGGUGGAAGCGUCCAAUUACGCGGUCUACAACAAGGCGGCUCGCCGCAGCAACGCGGCCGCCCCAUCCGACGCGCCGCUUGUCAAGCUCAAGAAGGAGCGCGGCAGCGGCGCUGGCACAGUGCCGGCCUGCCCGCCCUUCCCCAUGCGCAAGGCGGACCUGCUGCACAACAUCACAGCGGCGCACAUUAACGAGCUGGAGCACUUCUACGAUGUCAAGUUCGAGGCCAUGGCGGCGCCGGAGCCGGCGGUCGGAGGCCCGGCGGCGACUGCGCGCUCCACCAAUCUGCCGCAGCGGCGCCAGCAGCUGGCCACGUUCCUGGGUGUGCCAUAACUCUGCUCGAGAGAGCGGGCAGAGCGCUACAUGCUACUGCCAAGGUCGGUCCACUGGCGACGAGCCCACGUAGGCCGUAGCAGAGAGCCGCUGCUGGGUGGAGCUGUCUACACGGCAUGCAAGGCAGUGCGGUGCAAUGCAGCCGCCUGGUAGGCAGCCGAAGGAACGCAUCCAGCAGCGAUGGGGACACGCGCGGGCAGCAUGGUUAUCAUUUUCAAUCGACCGACGGGGGCGGGAGUUGCAGGAGUAGAUAAGAGGACGACGCAGUGCAGUGCACGGGCGCGCCGCAAACCCUGAGUGGAGCUAGCUUCAUAUGUGUGGUUGUCGGCGUCUGUUCUCCACUGAGGCGUCACCUGCCAGCGCGGUGGUGUGGUGUGUGGUGUGCCACCACAUGGGCGCGGCCAGUCUUCCUAGCUGACUGAGCUGCCGAGGUAGGGAAGGAGGGAGGGAGGGCAAGGCGCUGCAAUACGCGGGAUACCAGGAGCCGUCACCUGCAUACGCGUGCGCUGACCUUGACGCACCCGGCACUCAUGACAAUACGGGGGGCUGAUCGGCUGCUACAUAAGCCCAUGCAUACCGGUAUUGACACACAGUACUUCGGCACACAGACAUGUAGGGACCGAGCGAGGACCGGAGGAGCAUGUGGGCUGUGUGUGGAUGCGUGCAGGCUGGGGCGGGGCCGUGUAGGCCGUGGGGCCGCAUCUAUCUACAAUGGAUGUUGCUGUGUGCAGACGUGUGUGUGGGCGCGACGGGUAUAGCACUGUAGCUGUGAGUAGUUAAGGAGGGCGGUGCUGGAGCUCAGGUUGCCAGCUGGGAUUGGGUGCGCCACCGUGCUGCAUGCGUGCGGGACUGGCCGCGCAGCAGCUCGAUGUGUGCGUGGCGCCGUGGCGCGACACGUUGGGCGCGCGAUGACCUUCAAUCAGUCAACUACGCCCGCUGCUGUAACAGCACGAUGAC